AGCGGGCGCAGCGCUCGUCUGCUGUCUCGUUGCAAGCCACACACUCUCCAGUACUCUUACUCAGACUCAUACGCAUUCCAUCAACCAACACUCUAAUCUCGAUAUCCAACGAGACUCUCAGCAAUCAUGCCCGUCACCGCAUCCGACCUCUGCAAGAUCCUCUUCGCCAUCUUCCUGCCCCCGCUCGGCGUCUUCCUCGAGCGCGGCUGCAACGCGGAUUUCUUCAUCAACAUCCUGCUCACGAUCCUGGGUUACAUUCCCGGUAUCAUCCACGCGCUCUACAUCAUCUUCAAGUUCUAAACCGGGCCUGACGGACGCGCCUCUGUCGUCGAGACGGCGCGGGUGCGAGAGACGAUCAUACGAUACCCAUGUCUUUUUGUUUCAAGGGGUGGUAAUGGCGGAGCGAGCGUGCUUUGCGCGGUGGUAGUGUAGCGAUGAAUGGAGAGUUUUGCAUCAACCA